CGAAAUCGUUUAAAUAACAUCAUCGAUCGUUCUUGGCUGAUAUCAUAGUUAUGAUUCAGCGAUCUAGAGUAGAAGCUACGUUAAAAAAAGUGGAAAGAAAAAGAAAUCGGCGCAUUACUGUCUACAGUAAAUACAGGUGGGCGUAAUUUGAAUUUAACCCAGAAAAUUUGUGUCUAGCCGACUGGAUCUGAAAGCUCCGGCAUCGACGCUCUCUACUGGAAGAAACCGAAACCUCAAAAAGCAAGGUAAGAUAUAAAUCGAGAUCCUUAACUCUGUGAAUCACACAGAUAGAUGGUGAAUAGUUAUGUAAGCUAAUUUCUUAACUCAGAUUUCAAAGUCAAAAUGUUUAUUUGAGUUGUAACACAUGUUCGAUGUUGUCUUCACCUAAUAAUUAAUUCAUACAAUGAGAAAAAACACGGCGAUGUGAAGACACGCACCUUUACAUCUACGAUCGAAGCUCUCCAUCGGGCAGCAAGAUAGAUCUCAAUGUAAAACGUUCCCUUUUUUUUUAAUCUCGGCUAAGCAAUAAAUGUAGGUGUCUUUUAAAAACAAACACCGACGAAGGAUGAGAUAGGCAUAAGAAUGCAGCCUCGCAGACCGGAAGUGAAAUGUUAGCUAUCGUAGGUAAAAACCGAAAGUACAAAAUUCACUGUUACGUGUAAAUAAUCAAACAGAAAACCGUACCUUUCUAGAUGCGUAAGUUAAGAUUGGUGUAAAGCCAGUCACAAAAGCCGUGCAGAUUGCUUUUGAAUUAAAAACGAGAAAACUUGACAAGUAGUUUUUAUUUCCGUUCAUUUAAACAAAUUUUAACCAUAGCCUUUAAUUUUCUAAUUUUUUUUUUUUCAGUGAAGAAAGACAAUCCUGUGUUGCUUUGUAAAUCAGCCAUAAGGUAUAACAUGGCUUCACGGGGUGAUAACGCUACACCGCAGCUAAAAUUGUCACAAUACUGGCAUACAACCUUUGAUGACAUCUUCCAGGUCUUCAAUCCGGACGAGUGGACACUGGAGCCGACUGACAAAGAAAUGCCAAGGGAUUGGAGAAAAUUUAGGGAUAAAGCCAAAGUCAAAUUUCUCUGUGAUUGCAAUAACUCGUGGACUUCAAUGAUGGGAAGGAUUAUAUUUUGGUACAAGAAGAGUGACGAGAAAGACAACAAGAAAGAAUUGAAGACGGAAGAAAAAGGACAAAAAGAUGAACCGAAGGAGACAAAUAAAUGUAAGAAAUUCAUGUUUAGUCGAACGAAAAUUCUGUCGAUAAAUUUGUUGAAUCUAUCAUACUGACACACAAGUUUAUAGUCUCUUGAAGGAAACGAUCACCUUGAGUUAAUCCACUUCGAGUCAUUUUGAGAUCAAUUCCGUUUUUAGAUCAAUUACUAGAUUUAACCGAUCCUGAUUCAAGAAUUUUGUUCAGGCGGACACCUUAUGCAAUGUCCAUUUCCACCAGAAUAUUCUAGGGUAGCGAGACAUACAAAAGGUGAAGGAAGACCUCAACCGGGAUUCAGUUGUUGAAACAAUAUAUUGGGCUUGAGAAUGCUUCCUCUCUUGGUAAAUCUAUUCAUUCUUUUUACGAUGCAUUAUUGACAGCAAAUGAGUUAUUUUUCCUUCUUAGACUCCUUGAGGUUCAGGCUGUACGGUCAGCAGUGCAAAAUAUGUGAAGAUGGGACAUUUAUCAAUCCGCUGUGGUACGAGGACGAGGUCAAAAGAGUUCUGGAAAACGUUCAUAAAAAGAUAGGAAAGGUAGUUUUAACUCUAAGAAGAUUAUUAACUUUAAAUUAAAACAGCAAAUAGUCACUUUUUCGGAUACCUUGUGUAUUCCAUACUCAUGAAUACCACAUUCAAAUACCACGCUUACAAUGCCACUGGAACAUAGCCUCACAGGCCUGCAGACAGGUUAUCGUGAAAGAAGCUUAAACCCUUCUUUACUCAGAUAAAACGUCCCAUUUCUGUGAGGGCGAUGCGUCUGAAAAUAAGCCUUGGGUAAAAUUUCUACAGCCCUCCAAGCAGUCAAUAGAAGAUUACACAUGUUGGGGAACUGUACGAUGCGUUAAUUAUUCUCGAUUUGAUUGACAUUUAUAAGGGAUUUCAUGGUUUAUUUAUACAUAAUUAAGUAAACCUGUAUGCAGCUCAUGUUUCAUCGUCUCAUGUAUGGCACUGCUCCACGUGCUUACAACAGGACGUUGAGUGUGUUUCCUUCUAGUAAGCCGAGAGUUGUGAGUGGGAGUCAACCGAAGCGUAGUAGCAAAAUUGUUCAAUCAAGCGAAUAAAUCGUGAGUUUUUAUGGAAGAGUGGUACAGAUUUUUCACAUUUUCGACACACACCGAUUUACAUCAAGUUUUUCAUCUGACGGUUUUUAGUAAAUUGUCAAUAAGAUGAUUAUAAAAUCCGAAAAAGCGUAGUGGUAUAUGUAAACAAAUCACUUGUUCUAACUGCUAUUAUCGACCUUCUGAAUGAAACUGGACACGUCUAUAGAUCAUCAAUGAAAUAGAGCAAUUUUCAAUUGAGCAAAGAAACUAAAUCACUGCUGCAUUUGGUUUCCACGCUGUGUUUAUGGUAUAAAAAACUCACGCCAUUUUCUCAGCCAAUCGUAUUCAAAACUCAAACCGACAAUGACAUGGUCACCAUUAUUUCCUCACACUUCAGGCAGUUUUCUCUCUUUCAGUCUACUUACUUGUGGCUCAAUGUAAUAAUUUGAUAUGGGCCGCUGGGAUCGCAUCGGUUUUGCUUGCGUCAUUCUUAAUAAAAUUGUACUAUCUGUAGUAAAAAUGAUCUUCUCUUCGUUUUCCAGGAUUUCUACGGUUUUGCACAGGAAGACUCCAACAUUAGUAAAAGACACGGAAGAAUGCGCCAGUCACAUGACUCCAGACGCUGUCAAGCAUGCCAAGAGGGGCAAUGUGACAGCUGAAUCACUAAAAAUCGAAUUUACUGAAACGUC